UCUCUCUCUUUCUUAGAGCAAGUACCAGUUUAACCCCCCUGUUUACCUAAUCAGCCCAGUGCCAGGAGGGUUUGACUCCAAAUAGCUUUGUAAAUGUCGCGUGGAAGCUUCCGUUCGAUUUAGUCCCAGUUCUAAUUUGUCGUGUUCUUACAACGUUACAAUUUUCAGGCAAGGAGGGGUUUAACCUACACUGUAAUGUUUCGCAUGAUAGCAUGAAAUAACAGGCCAACAAAUUGAAAUCUAGAAGAUCCACUUGUCCGUGUCUGAUCUGUGGCUCCGGCUACAUACAUGGCCAAUCGGAGCAAGCGUAGACAAGAGCUUUAAACAAUGGCAACGGAAAGCAUUUCCACACUGGUCAUUGAUGACAAUCCACCACCACUCAACAUAACUAUUCCAAAGAAGAAAGAUCUUCCAAGAAGGUCAACACCUUGGAGAGAUGUAGAACUCCCCGUAGACUUUCUCUUAAUUACAGUAAAAGAUUGCGAGUUUUUAAGUUGCUAUCAUUUUUUAAAGAACUCUUUCAAAAGUUGUUCCACAACACUCGGCUUUGUAUACUUUGGGAAGAUGGGUGGAGAUCAAUCUCUGAAGCUCAGAGUCGCACUCAUGAAGUGCUCCGAGGGUUCAUCCGUUCCGGGUGGAUCUUUAGUUGUUGUAAAAAAUGCAGUUACCAUUCUCCGACCCAAGGCUGUCUUCUGUGUGGGAGCCUGCUUAGGGCUGCAGCGCGGUAAAGCCAAGUUGGGAGAUGUGGUUGUGUCUUCUAAAUUAACUCAAUAUGCUGGAAAAAAUGUCACUGAUGGUGAAGUUCAGCCAAUGGGUGGGGCGCGAGUUCCUGUUUCCAGAGAUGUUUCCAGACUUAUAAGGCAUGCAGGAGAUGGUUGGGAGGCACCUUUGUUAAACCCGAGUGGGCGAGAAGUUGAAGUGCAUUGUGAUGCCGAGUAUUUGAGUGGUCCAGAAUUUGUCCGUGCAAAGUGGCGUUGUGAUGAACUGGUAGCGAUGCACCCUGAAGCGAUGGCCAUUGAUAUGGAGGGUGAGGGGGUCUAUGUAGCGGCAUAUGACAUGAAGAUGGAGUGGUUAGUUGUUAAGGGGAUGGCUGGCUAUGCAGAUGGUACUGAAUGUGACCUGGACAAGUGGGCGCACUUUGCAAGUGUUAUGGCAGCUUCUGUCGUGAACAAUAUCUUGCUUGAUUCUGUCAUUUUCCAGUCCUGGCCGUACUUUAGAGGUGAACCUGCAGAUGAGCAAAUGCCGUUGACAGAACCCUGUGCAGAGUUCUCACGUUCAACAGCUAUGGCCAUUACAGUCAAAGAAGGAACACCCAGUAAUGAAGAAUUAGAGACACUUUCACAGAAGAUUGCAGAAGGCUGGAAACCGCUUGGACGUCGGUUGGAAAUGGAUGAAUCAAAGUUAACAGCUUUUGACAAAGAAAACGAGGAAUAUUCAGAAAAGCCAUAUAAAAUGUUACUAUUUUGGAAGCAAAGGGAAGGUUCAGCUGCAACCUACCAGGUCUUGCAUGACGCACUUUGUCAUCCGCUAGUAAAUCGCAGAGAUUUGGCCGAGGAAAUUUGCGGAUACAAGUGAUUACGAAUGCCGUUUACACUUCUCAAACUUAUUAAUAAUUCAUCAAGUUUAAACAAAGGAAAUCAUGACCGUGACGGUGUUUGGACAUCUGAU